AUGCGCCCCCUCGACGAGAAAGAGACUCGGACUAUGUUCGAAAAGCUCGCCAAUUAUACCGGUAGCUCCCUAUCGAACCUCAUCGCCCCGCCCACCGAAGGGUCUGCUACGACUGAGCGCAUGGUUUUCCGAAUGAUUGGAACCUCCCGAUGCUAUUAUAUGCCCGAGCGCAUCGCCAACCUCGCCACAUCCAUCCCCAGAGACGCUCUUCUUACAUCCGGUACGCUGAUCGGCAAAUUCACAAAGACCGGAAAGUUCCGUUUGAACAUGACCGCACUUUCAAUUAUUGCGCCGCAUGCCCGCGUCAAGGUGUACAUUAAGAGCAACGGAGAAAUGCCCUUCCUCUACGGAUCUAAUGUCUUGAAAGCUCACGUGGCCCGUUGGUCUGAAGAUGCGCCUGAACACUCGGGUUGCAUUGUCUUCAAUUCUAAUGAUACCCCUCUUGGAUUCGGUGUGACCGCCAGAUCGACUGCUGAAAUGCGCAAGCUGGAACCCACUGCGAUUGUCGUUUUUGCCCAAGCCGAUGUUGGCAUGUAUUUGCGCGACGAGGAUACUCUUUUCACUACUUAA